UUGUUCACUCUUUCUUGUUGGUAAUUUGCAUUUUUUCAAAACAAACCAACUUCUUCAUCUAUUUAAUUUAAUAAAUUUUUAUAAAAAUAUUUUAAUAAAUAUGGUUGAUGCAAAUACGAAAAAAACCCUAAGUGGUAUUCCACUUUUAAGUGUGAGAGCUGGACCUAGAGACAAAGAUUUAUGGGUACAACGUCUCAAAGAAGAAUACCAAUCCUUAAUCAAGUAUGUUCAAAAUAAUAAAGAAUCUGGAACUGAUUGGUUCCGUUUGGAAUCGAACAAAGAAGGCACAAAAUGGUUUGGCAAAUGUUGGUACAUGCACAACCUGUUGAAAUAUGAAUUUGAUGUGGAAUUCGAUAUGCCUGUAACUUAUCCUGCAACUUCACCUGAAAUUGCACUUCCAGAAUUGGAUGGCAAAACAGCUAAAAUGUAUCGUGGUGGUAAAAUCUGUCUCACGGACCAUUUUAAGCCUUUGUGGGCGAGAAAUGUACCCAAAUUUGGUAUAGCUCAUGCAAUGGCUUUAGGAUUAGCACCAUGGCUUGCUGUUGAGGUACCAGAUCUUAUAGAAAAAGGAAUCAUACAGUACAAAGAAAAAACAAACGCCUAAUUUGUAUAUGUUUUCUAUUGAUUGCUUGUGUUAGUGCUUUUUUUUUGUAAUUAAAUAUUUUAAUAAACUGUAGCUAUUAGCUUUUUAAAAGUGAUAA